GUCACAGAGUACCACCACUCAUCAAAGUAGAAUAAAAGUCUUAAAAAUAAUAAAUAAGAAUUAUAAUUGAAGUAAAACUUUAGAAAAUAAUAAGUUAUCAUAGUGGUUUGUGAUAAGUUAUUAUAUUUGAAUGGUUUUCUCUCUAUAAAUAUUAAAGUGUAUUAAAUAUAUUGUAUACUAUGAACCCGAAAAGCCAAGAGGCAAGAAACCGGGAAGAAAAUCCUUUUGAGGGAAUGGACAUAGCCAGUGCAGAACCUCUCAAUGCUUUGAUUAGCCGAAGCCCGUGUACACAAUGCGGCAAAUCUCGAAUGUAUUUCUGUUACACAUGCUUCGUUCCAGUUGCACAAAUCGAAGGCAAAAUACCGUUAUGCAGACUGCCAAUAAAAGUAGAUAUCAUCAAACACCGAAGAGAAAUAGAUGGUAAGAGUACAGCAGCGCAUGCAGUAGUUCUGGCUCCACAUGAAGUCACUAUUUACACAUAUCCAGAUGUGCCCGAAUAUGAACAUAAUAGCAGAACUGUUCUUCUGUAUCCAGGGACUGAUGCCUAUACAGUUAGAGAACUUUUUACAGGAAAGCAAUCAGCUGUCAGUUAUUCAGAUCAGAGACGAGCAGAAUUACCAGCUGGUUACAAUGUAGGUACAUUGAUGACUAAAUCAUAUAAUAGAGACUGGAGCCAACAUAUAUACCAUGUGGAAAAGCUACCAAUAGAUCGUGUUAUAUUAAUAGAUAGUACUUGGAAUCAGAGUCGUGGCAUCUUUGCUGAUGAAAGACUGCAGAAAAUACGUAAAAUAGUAUUACAAGACAGAGUGUCACAAUUUUGGCGAUAUCAAAAGGGAAGCCCUAGGUGGUACUUAUCUACUGUGGAAGCAUUACAUCAGUUACUGCUAGAGCUGCAUUUAUGUGCAUGGGGUCGCAGUAAACAUUACAUAUCUAGCCCUACAAUCGCUUUUUCAAUACAUACUGAAGAUGGCCAUUUUCAAUGUACACCAUACAAAGGACAAUAUGAUAACUUAUUGUAUUUCUUUAAAUAUAUGUAUGAGAAAUUACAUACACUGUACAAACAUGAUGAUAUGCUAGCUUAUAAAAGAUCUAUGACGUAGAAAUUGGAUUUUGAUUUCAAUAC